AUGCCGCCAAUUGGAGAACAUCAACCUUCAUCUUCUUCACAGCACCACCCAAAUUCGCAUUCUUCAGGCGAAGAAAAUCAUUCGCCAACAAAGUCGUUAUUAGCUGAUAAAGAUCGUAGCAUACGUUGUAAUAGAAGUCCAAGCAUAAACAAGAGAGCUUCGAGAGUAGGGGUGACAAAUUUUAUAAAUGUGGUAAAAAGUUUACAUCAAGGUGAAUCAAUAAAUUACUUUCCUGUAACAAAGGAAACUUUACAGGAAUAUAUCGAUUCGAAAAGAAAGGCACUCAUAAAAUCCGGGUCGCUUGAUCAAUAUUUACAGCAUAUUAAAGCGUAUAACAUUGCCCUUGGCUUUGGUUGGGAUGGGCUUGUAUUUGGUCCAAUUAUCAAAAAAGCUUUAGACGAAUUAAGAAAUUACGAAGAUGAGACUUGUUCAAAGGUCGAAAAUAUCUUAUUAAUCUCUUCAAGUCAACCACAACAAACUACUUUAGUGAAUUUUGGAAUUUCGCAACAAUCAAAUCCUUUUUCAAAUUAUUUUAAUUCUAAUUUUUAUUUAACAUCUGUUGAUGUUGGAAUGGAAGAUUUAUUAACAGCCGACGAACGAUAUACUGAUGAACCUCACGUGAUUACAGCAUUAAAUUCUUUUGAAGUUCCAUUUUUGUAUCCUGGUGGAAUAAUUAAUCCACAAUCAAUUUCAAGCAAUCAGACGUCUCUCAUUUCUUCGCCUGACUAUUUAACUAAUCAUCAAGUAAAUGUUUAUUAUGAUAAUAGAGGUACAAUAGGCGUUAAUGCGAAUAUCUUUUCUUUCGAACCUGUAGAAGGUGAGGAUUGUAUUCAUGGUAAUUGGAAUAACUAUAAGUAA